AUGUCGUUGCGACUGGCGACGCGAGCAAGUUGGACAGGCCGAGCGAUACCGCAACUCAGACGAACCUACGCUGCCCGAGGCUCCGUGCUACAGCAUUCCAUCGAGAACGCGGAGAAGCAAGAUGCGCAAGGGCCGCCGAUGAUCGUACCGACGUCUGAAGAAGUCGAGAAUGACCCUCAGCUCGCCGGACUGGGAUACCCUCAAUUCAAGGGAACGAGCAGGCAGUGGAGGAAACCCUAUGGCUGGUGGGACCCACAAGAACGGGUCAACUUUGGCGAAACGCGACACCAGUCUGACGAGACGCUGUCCAUGUGGGGACCUGAUGUCCAUUCGACACCAGGUCCCUAUGCUCUCAGAGCAUUCGCCAUCGCCGUCGCCGGAUUCGCGUCUUUUGGCACGCUGAUCUACUACAGCAUGUCACCUCGACCCAUCGCUGCUCGUACAUACCCCUACGGCGGGCUCGUACAAGAGCUGUCCGGCACGACCGAUGCUCAGUAUGCAGCGAGGACGCCGAGCGAGGGAGAAGACGAAGAAGAGGAAUGA